AUGAAGUUAGUUGUCUUUCCUCAAGUACUUCACGAUGGUGAAGCCCAUACCGUGGACAUCAAUUCGUCCAAUACUUGGGUGGCUACAGGCGGAAAGGACCUGUCUAUCAACAUCUGGAACUACCUGGAUGUCGCCAACAUUGCUUCAUUCGACAGAGAAGCGUUAGUCCAGAUCGUUCCCCAACGCCAGAUCAAGAUUCAUGAUAGCACAGUGAAAACCAUCAAAUGGUCUCCAACAGAUGAACACGUGUUUAUCUCUGGCAGCACGAAGGGCCAACUCUUCGUCUCCAACAUCCAAAAUAACACCAAUAGACUUGUUUUCCCAUGGCCAGCCAUAAAGGACGCAAACAGCCGACCCAUUAUAGACGGUAGCUGGUCAGCGGAUGGCCGGCUUUUCGCAUGGUGUACUACUGAUGGAAAGGUGCAUUUGUUUGACAUGAUCAAAGAUACUUACCAGGAACUCACUGCCAAUACCAGUGAAGGGAAGGUCACUAUACAAAGAAGCAUAGCUUUUGAUCCUACAAACAACUACUUCGUAACCGUUGGUGACGACACCUUUGUCAAUGUCUACCAGUACCAUUUUGAUUCCAACGGCAACUAUCAAUUUAAGAUCUUGAGUAAGGUGUCCAAGUUGAUGAACAACAAUGCCACUGUCACUUCAGGAAUCAACUACCGAAGAGUCUCUUGGUCCUGUGAUGGCGAGUAUUUUGCUGUCUCAAACGCGAGCAAGCAGCUGUCAGCACUCAUCUCUCUACUAUCGAGGUCUCUUAGCUGGGGCAAUAAAAUCAGCUUAGUGGGCCAUGAAAUGGCGUGUGAGGUGGUGAAAUUUGCUCCGAAGUUGUUCCAGGCCAAUAGCCCAACUCUUCUGGUGCCUGUGGAAGAGACUCAUCUAUUUCAUGUGAUUGCGUCUGCUGGUUCCGAUAUGACCCUUGUGCUAUGGAACACAACGAAAGACUCCCCCAUGUUUAUCUUGAAAGACUCAGUAUCCAAACCCGUCACUGAUUUGGUUUGGGACAAAUCCAGUAGCAAGUUGUUUUUCGUCUCUUUGGACGGCCACCUUGGCGUGGUUCAAUUUGACGUAAACGAAUUGGGAUAUCAAGCAAGUGAAGAGGUGGUGCAAAAACUCAAAGACUCGCAAAAUAAUCUCAUCAAGCCAUUUUCCCAGAAAACUGAGAUUGAUAGUUCAGCAUCGAAAAAGUCAAAAUCCCUGGUGGAGAUUGUUGACGAGGAGCAGGCUAUCAACAUCAAAGAGGCGUUCGAAUUGAAGGAGAAAAAGAAGGAGCAGCUCCAAGAGCAGAAGGAGAAUGUCACCGAUGUCGAGGAGACAAAGAAAGUAGACAGCUAUGUCGCAGGAGAUAUUACUCCAGUCGUUUUAGAUCCAAGCGAGAAUAUCGAAGAUGAAGAUGAUAUUUUGGGAUCUGCAAUGACAGAUAGAGCAACGAACGUCAACGAAGAGGCCGACAACACACCCAAAGUCACAAAAUCGAAAACCUCCAAGCCGUCGAAGUCGCAAACACCUCAAGCUCAGAAAGUAACUACUAAAGAUGGAAAGAGACGCAUCCAACCAGUGCUUAUCUCCAAUGGUCAAAGCAAAACACCCAAAAGCCCAAUUACUACCUCCAGCGUCUCCGGAAAUCGUGGAUUGAAUGGAUCAAAAACUGCAAAAUCAUUAAUGGAGUUCGAUAAACCUUCUUACUCUGUUUCUGAGGAACUUCAAAAGGAAAAUAAAAGAUAUAAGGCUCAAGAUGAAUCAGGAGCAAACAAGAAGGUGAAAAGGGACUUAGAACCGGUCAAGUUUGUGGGGACCGUAGUUGUUAACCCUAGCACGACGUUCGCCAAAGUCAGGUUAUCUAUACCCAAGACUAGAAUGUCGUUUAGACUUACUUCCAGAGUAUCAGGUCUGUCAUUUUCUCUUGACAUCAAGAAUGGACAAGGAAAUGAAACAGUUCCUACAAGAAUAACCUAUUUCAAGAACGAACAACAAGUAUGGUGCGACUUCAUUCCACGGUACAUCCAGCUUGCCACUGAAGGAGACAACUUCUGGGCCGUUGCCACUGCUGACGGACAAAUUAUCACAUAUUGCCAUACGUCAGGUAUGAGAUUUCUUCCGCCAAUUGUUCUUGGCUCUCCUAUUUCAUUUUUGGAAAGCCAUAGUAAGUAUCUCAUGGCUGUGACGUCGCUUGCUGAAAUUUUUGUUUGGGACAUGGAAAAGAAGAAACUACACACCAGCUCACCAGCAUCACUUGCUGCCUUGUUGGAUCUUAACAAUAAGUUUCAGGAAGAUGUUUUGAGCAAGGCAGAUAAUAUUACAAUGUGUAGUAUUACCUCCAGAGGCAUUCCGCUUGUGACCAUUUCCAAUGGUUCUGGAUAUCUCUUCAAUCUUGAUAUGGAAACAUGGCAUACAGUUUCUGAGGCAUGGUGGGCGUUUGGUUCGCAUUAUUGGGACUCAAUAACUGAUGAUAAAAUGUCUUCAGAACCCAAGAUGGCUAAAAUUCUCGGCAAGGAAGAAGAAUCCUCCAUUUUGGGCCUCUUGGAACACAGAACAAACGAGGAGAUAUUACGAAAAAGCAGAGUUGGUCGAGGUAAAUACUUCAACAAGAUCUCCAAGAACAUGAUUAUGAAAGAGGGAUUUGAGAGUCUUGAGAACAACAUCUCUUUAUCUCAUUUAGAGAAUAGGAUGCUAUGUUGUGAGCUUUUAGGCGAGAAGAAGGACUUCCAUGAUUUCUUGAUCACAUAUACCAAACGUAUAUGCGAACUUGGGCUCAAAGCGAAGCUAUUUGAGACAUGUCAACAACUUUUAGGACCAACCGAGGGUUCUGAAGCUAUUGAAAAUGGUGGUGAUACUGAUAAGAUCUGUGGUUACGACAGGAAGGAAUUACUCAAAGAAAUCAUCUUAUCUUGCGCAGACAACCGAGAUGCACAGCGGAUUUUGGUACACUUCAGCAAAAAAUUGGGCAUCAUCGAAAAUGACUACCCAUGA